UUAAUUUGUUUUUCUUGUUAAAAGAAUUUCAUGGUUCUCUUAUUCUCCAAAUUCAUGCCUAUGAAACUUAUUGUCCAUCCUCCUUCAACUUCUUCUAUAACCUAAUUAAUUUACAUACCUUUAUUAGUUACCAAUAAUACCCAGUUCACUGUUUGCUACAAAUUCCUUUUGUUAUAUAUUCUCAAUUAACCAUCUCCAAAAUGUUCUCUUCUUUGUUAUAAAUAUAAUCAAGAAUCCGAAAAAUCAAGAAAAUCGAAAAUCGAAAAUCAAGAAAAUUAUGGUUCGCCUUAGCAAUUGUAUUAUAUCGUUGAUCAAUUUGAUUUUCCUAAUCUUCGGGAUUACGGGUUUAAGCUCGGGACUUUAUAUUCAUGUUCAUGGUCUAAAUCAUUGCCAAAGGCUCAUGCAAAAUCCUCUAUUGAUAAUGGGUGUAUUCUUCAUUGUAUUGUCAUUAAUAGGGUUAUUGGGUUCAUUUUGCAAAGAUAAUUCUCUUCUAAUGAUUUACUUAGCUUUGAUAUUCUUUCUUAUUGUUGGAUUAAUGGCAUUUACAUUAUUUGCAUUCUUGGUUACACAUAAAUAUUCAGGCAGUAGUAGUGUACGGCCUGGAUUAGGGUUUAAGGAGUAUAGGCUACAACAAUUCUCAAAAUGGUUGCAGAUUCACGUCGUUAAUAAAUAUCAUUGGGAUCGUAUCAAGAGUUGUAUGGUUGAUGCUCAAGUUUGCAAGAAAUUUAGCCUGCAGACUGUUAAUCAAAAUCAAGCUGAUUUUCAGAAAAUGAAAUUAACUCCGAUUCAGUCGGGUUGCUGCAAGCCACCAACAUCAUGUAAUUUGGAAUACCAAAAUGCAACAUUUUGGGAAGUGCCAGUAUUAGAACUGCCCAUGAACAAUGAUACAGACUGCACUACAUGGAACAACAAUCAAGAUCUGCUCUGCUACGAUUGCGAUUCUUGUAAGGCUGGAUUUCUAGCCAAAUUGAGGAUCGAUUUCAGGAUUUUUUUUAUUCAUACCAUUUUAAUUAUUUGUUUUCUUAUGAUCACUUAUUUCAUUGGCUGUUGUGCUAGGAGAAGCAACAAAUAUAGGUAUGUUAAAUAUAGUCCUUAUAUUUCACCCUGAAUUUGGGAUUUGUAUCUUAAUUUAUUAGGGUUUGUGUACAAAAGAUAACUCUAUAUCCCUAUAAAAAAAUUGAUGGGAUAUAGUGGUGCUAUUUGGAUUCGAUAUCACAGUUAGCUGCGUAGUUUAGUCAUGAAAAUGUUAUAUUCAUACUCUAAUUCAGAUUUUAUUUAGUUUUG